CCCGCAAAAUAGCCGCGGGCCUUCUCGCGCCCCACCCCCCUCUCCUGCAGGAGCAGAAUCCACCGCGACCCGCGCCCAAAAGUUCGAACCCAAACCUCCGCCGCCGCCGCCGCCGCCGCCGCGAUGGCUCGCACGAAGCACCCGGCCGUGAGGACGGCGAAGGACCAGCCCAAGAAGAGGCUCCAGUUCGCGCGCUCCCCGAACCAGAGGGCCCCGCUGGCAGGAGGCGCGAGUACCUCGGGGACACCGGGGAGAGGUGCGCCGGCCGGGGAAGGAGCGGCCGCUGCAGGGACACCAAGGCGGCAGGGUCAGCAGCCGAAGAAGACACAUAGGUGGCGGCCAGGCACGGUAGCGCUUCGGGAGAUAAGGAAGUAUCAGAAAUCCACCGAGCUGCUUAUCCCCUUUGCGCCCUUCGUCCGUCUGGUGAAGGAGAUCACUGACUACUACUCAAGGGGCCAUGUGACACGUUGGACUCCUGAAGCCCUCCUUGCGUUGCAAGAGGCAGCAGAGUACCACUUGGUAGAACUGUUCGAAGUGGCGACUCUGUGUUCCAUCCAUGCCAGACGUGUUACUCUCAUGCAACAGGACAUACGACUUGCAAGACGUAUCGGGGGAAGGCGUUGGUGAUAGACAACAUGAAUCUUGCUGCCUGAUGUACAACAUGAAAUCUGUAUCGUUGGCCGUAACAUGAAAUCUGUAUCGUUGGCCGUGUUCGUUCAGGGAACAAAUUUAUCUUCAAUCUGAUUUGCUAGAUGGCUUUUGAAUUUUAGGACUCUUUUGUAAUGCAAGUGAACAAGUUAGAUAGUAGCUUCGUUGACUGCAUGGUUCUGAAUUUGUUUCAGUUUAGUCUUCCAAA